CAGCCAGGGACGCACCCGCGGGACGCGGGGAGGCGACAGGGGGGACAGCGGGGGAGGGCGGCCCCUCUCUUGCAGCGGGUCCUGCUGGUUUGCUGGUUUUUUGUCCUGCCUCCCCGCGAACUUCAUUGUAUUUUUUUUUUAUUAUUAUUAUUACUUUAUUUUGCUGGGAUUUCCCUGGAUGGUCUGAGCACAGCUCCGUGCCCCCACGGCCAUGCCCGGCUCCGCUCCACAUGUUCCUCUGAGUGAGCCCCGCGGGCCCUGAGCUGCCACCCCCGCCGAGGACGGACCAUGUAUCAGGGGCUGGCCCUCACCCCCAACCAUGGCCAGUCGGCUUAUUCGCACGACUCCAGCAACUUCCUCCACUCGUCGGCCGGCUCGCCCGUCUACGUGCCCACCACGCGGGUGCCCUCCGUGCUGCAGACGCUGCCCUACCUGCAAGGCUGCGAGCCGCACCAGAGCCACCUGGGCAACGCCCCGGGCUGGGGGCAGAGCGGCGGCGAGCCCGCGGCGUUCAACGCGGGCAGCCCGCACCCGCCCUCGGGCUUCUCGUACUCGCACAGCCCCCCGGGCAGCAGCCCCUCGGGCCGCGACGGCGCCUACCAGGGGCCCCUGCUGCUGGGCGGCGGGGGCCGGGAGCAGUACGGCAACGCCUUGGUGCGCUCCGUUAACGGGUCCUACUCCAGCCCCUACCCCGCCUACGUGACCCCCGAGAUACCGCCUUCCUGGACGGCCGGACACUUUGAGAGCAGCGUGCUGCACAGCCUGCAGACCAGGCAGGCGGCCUUGCCCGGCCGCAGGUCCACUUUCGAGUACCUGGAGGAGUUCCCCGGGGACGGCCGCGAAUGCGUCAACUGCGGAGCCAUGUCCACCCCCCUCUGGAGGAAGGACGGCACCGGGCACUACCUGUGCAACGCCUGCGGGCUCUACCACAAAAUGAACGGCAUCAACCGGCCGCUCAAGCCGCAGAAGAGGCUGUCCUCCUCGAGACGUGCGGGCCUUUGUUGCACUAACUGCCGCACCACCAACACCACGCUGUGGAGGAGGAACGCCGAGGGCGAGCCCGUCUGCAACGCCUGCGGCUUGUACAUGAAGCUCCACGGGGUACCACGACCUCUGGCCAUGAAAAAGGAAAGCAUCCAGACGAGGAAAAGGAAGCCUAAAAACAUUACCAAAGGCAAAGCCUCAACAGGAUCCACGACUUCGGCCACAAACUCCCCUUCUUCCAUCACCACCUCAGACAGCACGGUCACUUUAAAGUCAGAGCCCAGCACAACCUCACAGUACCCUGGACAAACCAUCGUGUCGGUGUCCCAGGCACAGAGCCAGUCGGACGAGGCGCUGCCCGGCGAGUUCAAGUUCGAGCCCGAGGAUUACAGCUUCUCUGGGGGCAGCGUGGCCCCGCAGCCCGGGCUGAGCGUGCCCCUCCGGCAGGACUCCUGGUGUGCCCUGGCGCUGGCCUAGGAGCCACCAGCACCCACAGAGAGCCUCGGGACCAACCUUUGUGGCUGUGUGACGGGCAGGAGAGCAGCUGCCCCAGCGCCCCGCUCUGAGGAGCAUCCAGCACAGCCACGGGACGGGUUUCUCUUGGAGGAUGCCCUGGGGAAACGCCAGCUGGAUGGGGCUGGGAUGGCCCCACUGCGGCACCAGGUCCCCAAAAACUCAUCCUUCCCCAAGGCUGGAGCAUCCGUUUUCCUGGGGAAAGCCUUCCUCCUCUGAGAUGAAACCAGCAAAUAAAUGCAUCCCAGAAUCUGUUUAUUCGCAGUGAUUUCUCCCUCCUAUGACUCCACUGUGUGCAAUUUAUUCCACUUCCCAAUAAAAGACUGUAAUAACAUGGCACCAAAUAACUUAAUUUUAUUAAAAUGUAAGCUACGUGGCCUGCCUUAUGUUUUAUAGGCCACAACAGGAAGAAAAGAGAGAGAGGAAAAACAAAGAAUGGUUGUUUUAAACAUUUACUGUUUUAUAUUAAAAACAAUCAUCUCUAUAGAGUGUUAGCUUCUGAAGCGUUUCGCGUAUCAACACUGAGCUGAUGAGUCAUACAUGAAAUAAACACGCUGCUCUUCCCUUUCCAGCUCCAAACAAAGAGGUUUUUAUUAUUAUUUUAGGCAAAAGACAUGACAAAAAUGGUCAAAACCUCCCAAUAAUAAAAGAAUACUAAAAUG